AACUAUUCUUCAACUGUAAAUAGACGGUUCACUAGCGGAAUUAAAAUCUGCUAUAUCUUAUUAGUUUGUCGUGCCAUUAUAGCUUUUGAUCAUGUCAGAAGUUGGUUGAGUAACCGGAUAUUUGACAAAGUGGUGAAAACCCCCAAAACAAACCAUGUCUGUCUUUGUUACUGGCUCUGUGGGCUGAGCAUAAAUGCAUCAAAAUAAGUCCCGUCGCGAUUCACUGAAGCUUCAUCUUGAAUCAGGGUAAUAAAAACAAUGCUACAGUUGCGUAAGAGCGUCAGUUUGGCGUGGAUUCUCGUGGUUUUCGUGCGGGACGAGGCACACUUUUACGCACGGUCUCACACUCAGCGCGCUUUUACGCACGCUGGAUAUUUGACUCCUCGGUACUGUAUGUCAAACCUCAGGAACCCACGUUAUUCUAUAGGAAGAGGCUGUGUGUCACUCAUUUUGAGCUCAUGAGAGGAUCAGUCUGUUUGUAGUCGGGAAGCCUAGAUGGCCAACUCUUUAACAGAUCGGUUAUUUACAUAGACUCUUUUUGCGCACGUCUUCCAUUUACUGUAUCUGUGAUCUUUCAAAGAGGGCUUUACUGUACAACCUCGGGAUUUACUUGAACGCCGUCGACAGGCAUUUAUAUCAGGGAUAAAACAAGAGGAGAUGAUGGGUUUGUCGUUGCUCUUCGCGCUGUGCGUGUGGAUAACUUUAGUCUCUCCUUCGAUGGGAACAGGGUUUAUGUAUCACUUUCCAAGCAUCACAGUGCAGCGGCAGCGAAUCAAAUCGGAACAGAGCGGCACCACCGGACCACCAGGUACCGGGUCACGUACCCUACUCAGGAACUGGUGUCAGUACACUGUUUCCAAAACAGUGACCUGUCAGGUGCACAAUGGGACAGAAACCACUGUGCAGAGAGUAUUUCAGGGCUGCAGAUGGCCUGGACCCUGUUCCAAAGUCGUCAGGACCCUCAUCAGGCCUUCCUUCAAGGUUGCCUACAAGCAAGUCACCACACUGGAGUGGAGAUGUUGCCCAGGGUUUGUGGGAGAGGAGUGUCGGGAGGAGUGUAUGAAUUGUACCAGCUUCACUGACAUGAACAGCAGAAUAUAUGCAAUUGAAUCAAAGAUCAGGCUUUUAGAAGAGGGACGUUCCUCCAUGCCCACAGUCAACAGUUUACCAGCAGGUUCAACUGACAAUGAGGUGGACGCACCUAAACCCACCCCAGUUGGACCACCGUCACACCUUCCACCAGGAGGUAUAGGGCCUCCAGGGCCCAUUGGAACUCCAGGACUUCCUGGUUCUGCAGGACCCGUGGGUCCGAGUGGAAAACCAGGCGUUCCUGGACCCAUCGGACCAAAGGGGGACAGAGGUUCACCUGGAGAAAUAGGUCUCCCUGGCCCUCCUGGUCCACCGGGUCCUCCAGGGCUGAGCAGCUCCUUUCCUCUACGACUACGGGGUGAUGUCUUUCAAGUCCACAACGAAGAGGAGAUCCCUGCUCAUCCAGCUCUCCCUAAUCCUCAGAUUACAGUGGGUCCACCUGGUCCAACAGGUCCCACUGGACCCCAAGGACCACAAGGACCUGCAGGGAUACCAGGCCUGCCGGGACAAGAUGGUAAGGAAGGCCUCCAAGGAGCGUCUGGGUAUCUUGGGCCUAAAGGAGAUCCAGGAGAAAGGGGACUUCGAGGUGCGUCAGGCGAGCAGGGCCUUCCUGGAGCACCAGGUCCAAAGGGAGAGCCAGGAGCAGGCAUGAAUGAAGGAGAGGCAGUGCAGCAGCUACGAGAGGCACUGAAGAUCCUGGCCGAGAGGGUCCUGAUCCUGGAGCACAUGAUCGGCAUUCAUGACAUCUCUGAGGGAUCUGGUUUUGGCAGCAUUUUGGACCCACUGUCUUUCUCUGCCACGAAGACCAAACGUCAAAUCCUAAUCACUCCUCACACUCCGACACCGGUGGAGAAACAAAGACAAGCUCCCCUUUAAAAAAAAAAAAUCAUCAUGACUUUAUUUUUUUUCUAAUAGAUAUUGCAUAUUACAUGUCCUAUUUGUUCAUAAUGUUUGAAUUGAUCUUUUUUUUUGUAUCACAAAUGAGUACUUUUGUAUAAAAAAAAAAAAAAGAGUUCUUUGCAGACAUGAGAUGUUGAGCAUUUCAUCUGUUGCUUCAUGAUCUCAGUCUCUAUAACCCUUGCAGCCGCAGCCCCCACCUGGUGAUGUACAAUGAAAUAUAAUCUCAGUAAGUGGGAUGAGUGUUUUGGCACUAUCCGUCCCUCAAAAUAAAGACUGCUCCUGGCAGCUGGACCUGUACUUUUUAGUGUCAAACACACUGUUGGAACAAUCUUGAGGUUCAUCUUUUGUUAGCUUGUCAAAUACAUUUUUUUUUCUUCUCCA